AUGAAAAUCUCGCAACUGGUUACAACUGUAGCAGCAACCCUCACGCUCGUGGAAGCAGAAGAGUUUCUUAUUCGAUUGAAAGCGCCAAAGACUUUGGCCAAACUCAUCGAGAAUAAAUUCAGUGAUGAUUUCCUCAAUGCGUUUACGGAAGGCAAAAUUCUCAAAACAUUUUCGUUUGGUAAAUUCGAAGGAUUUACCGUCGAUUUUCCUAUCAACUCCAUUUCAAAACUCCGCAACAAUCCUUUGAUUGCCGAGAUUGUGCCCAACGUUGAGUUCAAUGUGUUUGACGGAGAAAUGCCAGACGAGAAACCGGAAACUGGCGAUAGAGAAGAUAACGGAAACGGUGAAAAAGACGAGAAAGACGAGUACGACGAUGAAGAUGACGACGACGAGGACGAUGAUGGUGGUGAGAUGGAUGAAGAUGAUAGUGAAAAUGAUGAGUCUGAUGAUGAGUCCGAUGAUGACGAAGAAGACGAUGACGAACUAAGUGACAUUAUUUCUCAAAAGUUUUCUCCAAGACAUCUUGCCCGAAUUUCUCGCAGAUCUGCGUUGCCAUACAAUCCGAACGACGUGGACACUGCUGCUUCCAAUUUCAGUUACUAUUUUGACAAAAACUUUUUGGGCACUUGUGUCAAUGCCUAUGUCAUUGACACUGGUAUCCACAAGGAGCACAAAGAAUUUGGAGGCAGAGCCAAGUUUGGAGCAGAUCUUGUGGGUGAAGGACCCGGGGAUCUCAACGGUCAUGGCACGCACGUUGCUGGCUUGAUUGGAUCCAAGACAUAUGGUGUUGCCAAGGAUGUUACAUUGAUUGAGGUGAAAGCUUUGAACGCCAAAGGUCAAGGUAACUUGACUUCAGUCAUUAGUGCCAUUGAAUUUGCAGUCAACCAUUGCCGCGAGAGUAAGCGAGGAUGCGUUGCAAACCUGAGUCUUGGAUCGUUCAGAAAUUCCGUUUUGAAUCAAGCAGUUGAGGCAGCACUAGAGGCAGGUGUUGUGAUCGUUGUGGCGGCCGGAAACUCGAAUGCCAAUGCGUGCUGGAGCAGUCCUGCGUCUUCUAUGUCAGCCCUUACAGUAGGCGCAUUUGAUGACAGAACUGACACCAUUGCCAGAUUUUCAAACUGGGGCAAUUGUGUGGACAUUUUCGCGCCAGGCGUAAGGGUUUAUUCACUUGCUAAUAAGGCACCUUUCGCACCGGUGGCUUACUCUGGUACUUCUAUGGCUUCACCGAUCGUUUCUGGUAUGGCAGCUUUACUUUUGGAUAGCGGAGUGCAUCCUCUCGAUGUCAAAUCUGGAAUCAUGGAGUUGGCAACUGACUCUGUUUUCCACAAGAGAAGCUUACUUUUCAAACCGGGUACGCCAAACAGGAUUUUGUUCACUGGAAUUGACAAACAAGACGAUUUUUUCGACGAUGCCGUGUAUCCCGGAAUUGACAUCGACCAGUUAGUCAAUGAUUUGGCAAACUACAAUAAGGACGGCCACGUAGCCGAGGACGAUGCAACGUUGCCAUUGGGUGAAAUCAAGCUUAAUAGAAGAGCUCAAUUCACAACUUUGAAGCCUUUCAUGAAGCCACUUUAUGCUACAGCUGCUGCGGAACCUGCUUGCACUACUUACAGUGCGGCGGCGUACUAA